AUGCCGGAAGGCUCCGUGGAAAUGAGCCGAGUGAAGGGAGCGCAGGACCUCCUGAAUGAGAGACGCUACAGAACGCGACCGGAGGCUUUGAAAUUCACUAGCAUCGUUGACACUCCAGAAGUUGUCCUGGCGAAAGCCAAUUCUCUGCAAAUGAAUAGUGCCACUCAGCCUGAGCAUGUAGACUGUUCUCUUCAAAGGAUUCUAGAGAUGGCAGCGACUCUCGGACCCUUGCCCGGCUUAGUGAAAAGGCUGUAUCAAGAGGCCUGGAACAAAGACAAAACCAACAUCAGCAUUCCUUCAGAUACGCCAGUCAUGCUGCAGGCCCAAAUCAAUGCUAUGCAAAUCAGCAAUAAAUCUCCUGAAAGUCAAAGGGCAAAAUUAGGAAAAAUUCUUUUCAGGUCUUAUCUGAAUGUUGAUGAGGUUUAUCUGGCUUCACCAUCGACUCUUAAAUUCCAGAAUUAUGUGAUAGAAUACUUUCAAAUGUAUAUUGGGCUGAAUAAACUCUACCAGAAAGAUUGGGAUGAGGCCAAGCAGAAAGGCUACGACAUACGAGCGGAUGCCAUUGAAAUCAAACAUGCCAAAGCCUCCAGAGAAAUUGCCAGUGAGUACAAAUACAAAGAAGGCUACCGUAAGCAGCUGGGACACCACGUGGGUUUCCGCAGCCUGCAAGAUGACCCCAAGCUGGUGUGGUCUAUACAUGCUGCCAAGAUCCAGAGUGACAGAGAAUACAAGAAGGCCUAUGAGAAGUCUAAGUCAAUUUACAAUACACCAUUGGACAUGAUGUCAAUUGUUCAAGCCAAGAAAUGCCAGGUCCUUGUUAGCGACGUUGAUUAUCGCAAUUACCUGCACCAGUGGACGUGUCUGCCAGAUCAGAAUGAUGUGAUCCAGGCUAAGAAAGCCUACGAACUACAGAGCGAUAACAUAUACAAAUCGGACCUGGAGUGGAUGAAGGGCAUUGGAUGGUUGGCAGAGGGUUCUGUGGAUGUGAUGAGAGUGAAGAAUGCCCAGAAUCUCUUGAAUGAAAGGCUGUACCGUACAAAGCCUGAGGCUCUCAAAUUCACCAGCAUUGUUGAUACCCCGGAAGUGAUCCAGGCAAAAAUCAAUGCUGUACAGAUCAGUGAGAAACACUACCAGCAAGCUUGGGAAGACAUGAAGAUGACUGGUUAUGACUUGCGAGCAGAUGCCAUUGGGAUCCAGCAUGCCAAGGCCUCGAGGGAUAUUGCCAGUGAUUAUCUGUACAAAACUACCUAUGAGAAACAGAAAGGCCACUACAUCGGAUGUCGCAGUGCCAAGGAAGACCCCAAACUGGUUUGGGCUGCAAAUGUGUUGAAGAUGCAGAACGACAGGCUGUACAAAAAGACCUACAAUGACCACAAGGCCAAGAUCACCAUCCCAGCAGACAUGGUGUCCAUCAAUGCUGCCAAAGAAGGCCAGGCAUUAGCAAGCAACGUGGACUAUCGCCAGUACCUGCACCAGUGGUCCUGCUUCCCUGACCAGAAUGACAUUAUCCAAGCAAGGAAGGCCUAUGACCUGCAGAGCGAUGCCAUCUAUAAGGCUGACUUGGAGUGGUUGCGUGGCAUUGGCUGGAUGCCUGAAGGCUCCCCUGAAGUGCUGAGAGUCAAAAACGCCCAGGAGAUCCUGAGCGACAACGUGUACCGGACACCUGUGGUGAAUCUCAAGUACACCAGCAUCGUUGACACACCUGAAGUUGUCCUUGCUAAAUCCAAUGCUGAAAACAUUAGCAUUCCAAAGUACAGAGAAGUUUGGGACAAAGAUAAAACUUCAAUCCACAUAAUGCCAGAUACUCCCGAAAUUAAUCUUGCCAGAGCAAAUGCUCUUAAUGUGAGCAAUAAAAUUUACCGUGAGGGUUGGGAUGAAAUGAAGAUGAGCUGUGAUGUGCGCCUGGACGCCAUCCCUAUCCAGGCUGCCAAGGCCUCCAGGGAGAUUGCCAGUGAUUAUAAAUACAAGCUUGACCACGAGAAGCAGAAGGGACACUACGUGGGCACCGCCACAGCCAGGGAUGACAACAAGAUCCGGUGGGCCCUCAUAGCUGGCAAGCUUCAGAAUGAGAGAGAGUACAAGAUGCACUGGGCGAAGUGGAAGACCAAGUUCCAAAGUCCUGCGGACAUGCUCUCCAUCUUGCAUUCUAAACAAAGCCAGACCCUGGUCAGUGACGUUGAUUACGGCAAUUACCUGCACCAGUGGACCUGCAUGCCCGACCAGAAUGAUGUGAUUCAGGCCAAGAAAGCCUACGAACUGCAAAGCGAUGCUGUCUACAAGGCUGACUUGGAAUGGUUACGUGGAAUUGGGUGGAUGCCCAAUGAUUCUGUGUCUGUCAAUCAUGCCAAACAUGCUGCGGAUAUCUUCAGUGAGAAAAAGUAUCGAACAAAAAUAGAAACGCUCAACUUUACCCCAGUGGAUGACAGAGUUGAUUAUGUGACAGCGAAACAAAGUGGUGAGAUCCUUGAUGAUAUUAAAUACCGGAAAGACUGGAAUAGCAUCAAAUCCAAGUACACCCUCACAGAAACCCCACUGCUGCACACUGUCCAGGAGGCUGCGCGGAUACUGGACUAGUACCUCUACAAGGAAAGCUGGGAGAAACAGAAAGCCACAGGUUACAUCUUGCCUCCAGACGCUGUGCCAUUUGUUCAUGCCCAUCACUCCAGCGACGUUCAGAGUGAGCUGAAAUACAAAGCUGAACAUGUGAAGCAGAGGGGUCACUAUGUUGGUGUUCCAACGAUGAGAGAUGAUCCCAAGCUGGUGUGGUUUGAGCAUGCGGGCCAGAUUCAGAACGACAGGCUUUACAAAGAGGAUUAUCACAAAACCAAGGCCAAAAUCAACAUACCUGCUGAUAUGGUGUCAGUUGUGGCUGCCAAGGAGGGGCAGAACCUUGUCAGCGAUAUUGAUUACCGUAAUUACCUGCACCAGUGGACGUGUCAUCCCGACCAAAAUGAUGUGAUUCAGGCAAGGAAGGCCUAUGACCUACAGAGUGACAAUGUCUACAAAGCUGACCUGGAGUGGCUCCGAGGCAUUGGGUGGAUCCCCCUGGAUUCUGUGGACCAUGUACGGGUUACUAAGAAUCAGGAAAUGGUGAAUCAGAUAAAAUAUAAGAAAGAUGCUCUUGACAACUACCCUGACUUUACAAGUGUGGUGGAUCCUCCUGCAAUUGUUCUGGCCAAGAUUAAUGCCGUCAACCAGAGUGAUGUAAAAUACAAAGAAACAUUUAAUAAAGCCAAGGGCAAGUAUACAUUUUCUCCAGAUACACCACAUAUCUCCUACUCCAAAGACAUGGGAAAACUCUACAGCACUAUACUGUAUAAAGGGGCAUGGGAGGGAACCAAGGCCUAUGGCUACACCCUGGAUGAGCGCUAUAUUCCCAUCAUUGGAGCUAAGCAUGCUGAUUUUGUGAACAGUGAGCUUAAAUACAAAGAGACAUAUGAGAAGCAGAAAGGUCACUACCUGGCUGGAAAAGUGAUCAGUGAGUUCCCUGGCGUGGUUCAUUGCCUGGAUUUCCAAAAAAUGAGGAGCGUGUUGAACUACAGAAGAGAUUAUGAAAACACCAAAGCAAAUGUUCACAUCCCCAACGAUAUGAUGAAUCACGUGUUGGCUAAAAAGUGCCAGUACAUCCUCAGUGACCUGGAGUAUCGACACUACUUUCACCAGUGGACUUCUCUUCCUGAUGAACCCAAAGUGCUACUUGCCCGAAACGCCCAGGAGAUCUUAAGUGAUAAUGUAUAUAAAGAUGACUUGAAUUGGUUGAAAGGUAUUGGUUGCUACGUAUGGGACACACCCCAGAUCCUCCAUGCCAAGAAAUCGUAUGACCUCCAGAGUCAGCUACAAUACACAGCAGCAGGCAAAGAGAAUCUGCAGAACUACAAUCUGGUCACAGAUACGCCACUUUACGUGACUGCUCUCCAAAGUGGCAUUAAUGCCAGUGAGGUGAAAUAUAAAGAAAAUUAUCAUCAGAUCAAGGACAAAUAUACAACAGUUCUUGAAACAGUGGACUACGACAGAACCAGGAACCUGAAAGAUCUGUAUAGCAGCAACCUGUACAAGGAGGCCUGGAAUAAAGUGAAAGCCACCAGCUACAUCCUGCCAACCAGCACCUUGUCCCUGACACAUGCCAAGAACCAGAAGCACCUGGCCAGCCAUAUCAAAUAUCGGGAGGAAUAUUUACCAAAAAGUGUUGAAGAUGAUCCAAACACAGCUCGGUGCCUCCGAGUUGGCAAACUUAACAUUGACCGCCUCUACAGAUCAGUUUAUGAAAAGAACAAGAUGAAAAUCCACAUUGUGCCUGACAUGGUAGAGAUGGUGACUGCCAAGGAUACUCAGAAGAAAGUCAGUGAGAUUGAUUACCGUCUGCACCUCCACGAGUGGAUCUGCCACCCCGACCUGCAAGUCAACAGUCACGUCAGGAAGGUCACAGACCAGAUCAGCGAUAUCGUGUACAAGGAUGACCUCAACUGGCUGAAAGGCAUUGGUUGCUAUGUCUGGGAUACUCCUGAAAUUCUCCAUGCCAAACAUGCUUAUGAUCUACGCAAUGAUAUCAAGUACAAAGCUCACAUGAUGAAAACAAGGAACGACUACAAGCUGGUCACAGAUACACCGGUCUACGUGCAGGCCGUCAAGAGUGGGAAGCAGCUAAGUGAUGCUGUCUACCACUACGAUUACGUGCACAGUGUCAGAGGCAAAGUGGCACCAACCACCAAGACCGUGGACCUGGAGCGGGCCCUUCAUGCGUACAAGCUCCAGAGUGAGAAUCUAUACAAAACCAGCCUUCGCACCCUGCCCACUGGAUAUCGGCUUCCCAGAGAUACUCCUCACUUCAAGCACAAGAAGGACAUCCGAUACAUGAGCAGUUAUUUUAAGUACAAAGAAGUUUAUGAGCACAUCAAGGCGAACGGGUACACUCUGGGCCCCAAUGAUGUUCCAUUUGUCAACGUCUGAAGAGUCAACAAAGUCACCAGUGAGAGACUGUACCGAGAAUUGUACCACAAACUCAAAGACAAGAUUCACACAACGCCUGACACUCCUGAAAUUUGCCAAGUCAAAAAGACACAGGAAGCUGUCAGUGAGCUGAUCUACAAAUCGGACUUCUUCAAGAUGCAAGGCCACAUGAUCUCCCUGCCGUACACACCGCAUGUGCUCCAUUGCCGCUACGUGGGAGACAUCACCAGUGAUAUUAAAUACAAAGAGGACUUGCAGAUCCUGAAGGGACUUGGCUGCUUCUUGUAUGACACUCCUGACAUGGUCCGCUCCCGGCACCUGCAGAAGCUCUGGUCUAACUACCUGUACACUGACAAUGCCAGGAAGAUGCGGGACAAAUACAAAGUGGUACUUGACACUCCAGAAUACAGAAAAGUGCAGGAGCUGAAGACCCACCUGAGUGAGCUCGUGUACAGAGCUUCCGGCCGGAAGCAGAAGUCCAUCUUCACUUCAGUUCCUGAUACUCCUGAUCUUUUAAGAGCCAAGCGAGGACAGAAGCUUCAGAGUCAGUAUCUGUAUGUUGAACUUGCCACCAAAGAAAGACCCCAUCAUCAUGCUGGAAAUCAGACCACAGCCUUAAAGCAUGCUAGAGAUGUAAAGGACAUGGUGAGCGAGAAAAAGUACAAGAUUCAAUAUGAAAAGAUGAAGGACAAGUACACCCCAAUUCCAGAUACACCAAUCCUCAUCAGAGCCAAGAAUGCCUAUUGGAAUGCCAGUGAUCUACGCUACAAAGAAACAUUUCAAAAGACCAAAGGGAAGUACCACACUGUGAAGGAUGCUCUGGACAUUGUUUAUCAUCGCAAAGUCACAGACGACAUCAGCAAAGUGAAAUACAAGGAGAACUACAUGAGACAUUUGGGAAUCUGGAGGUCCAUUCCCGAUCGCCCAGAACAUUUCCACCACCGGGCAGUCACGGAUGCCGUCAGCGAUAUAAAAUAUAAAGAAGACUUGACCUGGCUGAAAGGUAUUUGCUAUGCUUAUGAUACACCUGACUUCACUCUGGCUGAAAAGAACAAGACUCUGUACAGCAAGUAUAAAUAUAAAGAGGUAUUUGAAAGGACAAAGUCAGAUUUCAAGUAUGUCGCCGACUGUCCAAUCAAUAGACAUUUCAAGUACGCAACUCAGUUGAUGAAUGAGAGAAAAUAUAAAUCUAGUGCCAAGAUGCUUCUGAAACAAGGAUGUAAUGAAAUUCUGCGUCCAGAUAUGUUGACUGCUCUCUACAAUACUCACAUGUGGAGUCAGAUCAAGUACAGGAAACAAUAUGAAAAAUCAAAGGACAAAUUCACCUCAAUUGUGGAUACUCCAGAACACCUGCGUACCACAAAAGUCAACAAACAGAUCAGUGAUAUACUUUAUAAGCUGGAAUACAACAAGGCCAAACCCCGAGGCUACACCACAAUCCACGACACGCCCAUGCUGCUGCACGUGCGCAAAGUCAAAGAUGAAGUCAGCGACCUGAAAUACAAGGAAGUUUACCAAAGAAAUAAAUCUAACUGCAUGAUUAAGCCAGAUGCUGUUCAUAUCAAGGCAGCCAAGGACGCCUACAAAGUCAACACCAAUCUGGACUACAAAAAGCAGUAUGAAGCCAACAAAGCCCACUGGAGGUGGACCCCUGACCGACCGGACUUCAUCCAGGCUGCCAAGUCAUCCCUGCAGCAAAGCGAUUUUGAAUAUAAGCUCGACCGAGAGUUCCUCAGGGGCUGCAAGCUUUCUGUCACUGAUGACAAAGACAUGGUGCUGGCUCUCAAGAAUUCUUUAAUAGAAAGUGACUUGAAAUACAAAGAGAAACAUGUCAAGGAAAGAGGAAGCUGUCACGCUGUGCCCGACACCCCUCAGAUCCUCCUGGCAAAGACCGUCAGCAACCUGGUGUCUGAGAACAAGUACAAGGACUAUGUCAAGAAGCAUUUGGCCCAGGGCUCGUACACAACACUUCCAGAGACCCGGGAUACCGUUCAUGUCAAGAAGGUGACCAAGCACGUCAGUGAUACCAAUUACAAAAAGAAGUUUGUCAAGGAGAAAGGGAAAUCCAACUACUCCAUCAUGCAGGAACCACCAGAAGUGAAACACGCUAUGGAAGUGGCCAAGAAACAGAGUGACGUUGCUUACAAGAAGGACGCCAAAGAGAACCUGCAUUACACCACAGUGGCCGAUCGGCCAGAUAUCAAGAAGGCCACACAGGCAGCCAAACAGGCCAGUGAGGUGGAGUACAGAGCCAAGCACCGCAAGGAAGGCAGCCAUGGGCUAAGCAUGCUUGGGCGCCCAGACAUUGAAAUGGCCAAGAAGGCAGCCAGGCUGAGCAGCCAGGUUAAAUAUCGGGAAAAUUUCGACAAAGAGAAGGGAAAGACGCCAAAAUACAAUCCAAAAGACAGCCAGCUCUACAAAACCAUGAAAGAUGCUAAUAAUCUUGCAAGUGAGGUUAAGUACAAGGCUGACCUGAAGAAACUGCACAAGCCUGUGACUGACAUGAAGGAGUCUCUGAUAAUGCAUCACGUGCUGAACACAAGCCAGCUCGCCAGCUCUGUUCUGGGCUUGGCCCUGAAGGGUGCAGAGAAAGAAGAAUGCAAACUCAACUUCCUGGCUGUUACCACCUAUUUAGGACGGGAGAUGCACAUAUUUAAGCGUGGCUAUAAUACAAAGUAG